ACCUGCUUGAGGAGAUGCGUGACGGAAAAUGGAUGAAUGGAAGUACCUGAUAGUUCAAUCUGAGUUCACCAACAAUAACCAUUUUCUUUUUUGGAGCGAUCCCUUUGCGUCAUUGAGUCCUUCAUGCAUCAAAGCCUUUUUGCAUUCCAAAGGGGGCGCUGACUUUGGCUCUGUGUCAAAGCCUUUAGCUUACGUAACAGCUAGAAAAGGCAGGUGAGGCUGGGGGAGACCACCUCAUCCACACGCAGCAUCAGCACCGGGGCACCCCAAGGUUGUGUCCUCUCUCCACUGCUCUUCUCUCUCUCUGGACCUGAAGUGGGCGAUCAACAACCCCGUCCUCAAAAAGGCCCAGCAGAGGAUGUACUUCCUGCGGCUUCUGAGAAAGCACGGCCUGCCACAGGAGCUGCUGAGGCAGUUCUACACAGCGGUCAUCGAAUCAGUCCUGUGUUCUUCCAUCACAGUCUGGUUUGGUGCUGCUACAAAAAAAAGGACAAACUCCGACUGCAACGGACAAGUAAAACUGCUGAAAAGAUUGUCUGUACCCCCCUACCCACCCUUGAGGACUUGCACGCUGCCAGAACUAAGACAAGAGGGUGCAAAAUCCUCUCGGACCCUCCACGUCCCGGUCACCAGCUCUUUUCUUCAGCUGGUUUUGAGGGGGCGAUCCUGUCUCGUGAAAAGUGGCCACUGUUUCCCUCUCCCCUCUUUACUGCUCGGGCUAUACGGACUUGAAUUACGACAACAACUGGGGGCGGAACUAGGGAGUUAAGACGAGGCACGUGGGUUGUACUUAAGGAAGUGGGAGCUCCCCGACGAAAUAAAAAAGGCAAGCACCGAUUCACUCGUGUACAUCUGUGUGGCGCAUUCAACAUCUUCAUGCUAUGUGUCACAGGAGCAUAAUGUCAGGAGUCGAAAGGAUAGGGACCAAGGAAUUCUGGAGGGCCGUGGCUGCAGAAUUCCUGGCCACGCUCCUAUUCGUGUUUCUCGGAUUGGGCUCCACCCUCAAUUGGUAUGAGGCGAAUCCAAAUCCUGUGCCACCUCCAAGUCCGGGAGAUCCUCCUCAGGCGGACCACAGGGUCCUCAUUUCGCUUUGCUUCGGCUUAACCAUUGCCACCAUGGUGCAAUGCUUUGGCCACAUAAGCGGCGGGCACAUCAACCCAGCUGUGACUCUGGCAAUGCUCGUGACCAAGAAAGUGAGCAUAGUAAAGGGGGCGUUCUAUGUGGUGGCCCAGCUUGUGGGCGGCAUCGCAGGUUCCGGACUCCUGUACCUCAUCACACCUGACAAACGAAGGGGGACGUUGGGCGUCUGCACGGUGCAUCCGGAUAUCAACCAGGGGCUCGGCCUACUGGUGGAGCUGCUCUUAACGUUCCAGCUGGUCUUCACCAUUUUUGCCACGUGCGACUCCAAACGGACUGACCUCGGCGGAUCUGCUUCCUUUGCCAUCGGUGUGUCCAUAACAAUUGGUCACUUAUUUGGGAUCCCUUACACUGGAGCCAACAUGAAUCCUGCUCGUUCCUUCGGUCCUGCACUCAUCACACUGAGCUUUGAUCAGCACUGGGUGUACUGGAUCGGGCCCAUCCUGGGUGCCAUCAUGGCGGGACUCCUGUAUGACUUCCUGUUCUGCCCGGACUGCUGCAAACCCAGUCCGGGGCAGGUGAUUCCCAAGGCCCAAACGGGCACCUACAAGGAGGUGGACAAGGAUGGCCCGGACUCCAUGCAGCUGGUCAAGAAGAAGAAGAGGACCGAGAGAAAAGACCCGCCGCCGACGAGAGAAGUGCUGUCCACUGUCUGACGAGCACGUGCGCCGGAAAUGGACAGCAACGUGUAAGAGAGAACGACAACAGAUUUGCCUUUCGUCUUCAGUCCCCUACCCUGCACCUCCGAUGCUUUCAGCUAAUUCAUCCUUGAAUGCGUUUUGAGUCCAACAGGCUUUGUGCACUGAGCAAUUUAGAUUACGUGUUCCCACAUAGCUUUGCUCGCUGCAGAAAAGACAGUCUGCAGUACAAGCGAGUGUGGAAGCUCCACCAAUUACGUAGGGUCGUUGAUCGAGCGAGGAAGAAAAUGUGGCCUUGUUCCCAAAUUUUGGGAUUUGUGUCACAUUAGUCCAUGCAAAGUGCAUGUCAUGUAUAAGCGUAUUACUGCACAAUUAAUAUAAGGUGACUGACUGCUCUCUAUUUUCAGUGCAUAGGUGUAUGCACUCAUGGAAAACGCACUCUUUGUAAAAAUGUUCAUUUUUAUUUUUUUAUUUUUUGUUGUGUAUUCACUGAAUAAUUGCAGUGCAUGCCCUGGAAGACUAUAUGGUUGUAAUAAAUUAUCUGCACUGGUUUACUAGUUUUAGUACAUCUAAUAUAAGAUGAACGAUCUGAUCUGGAAUUGGUGCUAUGACAAUUUUAUGUAAGAUAUGAUAAUAAAGUUGAUUUCCAAAAUA